AUGAGAGUUAAUUUAAUUGAUAAGUUAAAUAUUUCAUUUGAAGCUCCAGUUUCUGGUUCAAUAAUUUUAGCUGGGAUUAUAUUAAAAUUAGGAGGUUAUGGUUUAUUACGAAUUUUAUCAAUUUUACAGAUAAUAAAUUUGAAGUAUAGAUUUGUUUUUAUUAGAAUUAGAUUAGUAGGAGGUGUGUUAGUUAGUUUUGUAUGUUUGCGUCAAACAGAUUUAAAAGCUUUGAUUGCUUAUUCUUCAGUUGCUCAUAUAGGAAUUGUAUUAGCAGGACUUUUAACUAUAUCUUAUUGAGGGUUAUGUGGGUCUUAUAGAUUAAUAAUUGCUCAUGGAUUAUGUUCUUCUGGUUUAUUUUGUUUAGCUAAUGUGUCAUAUGAACGAUUAGGAAGACGAAGUUUAUUAAUUAAUAAAGGUUUAUUAAAUUUUAUGCCUGCUAUAGCAUUAUGAUGAUUUUUGUUAAGAUCUGCGAAUAUAGCAGCUCCUCCAACAUUAAAUUUAUUAGGAGAAAUUUCUUUAUUAAAUAGAAUUGUUUCUUGAUCAUGAGUUUCAAUAAUUAUACUUUCUUUAUUAUCUUUUUUUAGAGCAGCAUAUACUUUGUAUUUAUAUUCUUUUAGUCAACACGGAAAGAUUUUUUCUGGGGUUUAUUCAUUUAGAAGAGGUAAAAUUCGAGAGUAUUUAUUAAUACUAUUACAUUGAUUACCUUUAAAUAUAUUAAUUAUAAAAAGAGAUAUAUGUUUAUUAUGAUUAUA